AUGCCUGGUGUAUCAAACAAAAGGCAGAAGCGGGCCGACUACCGCACGGCACGCCAGCAAGAUGAGACUCCUCUGGAGAUGCCCAAGAAGAAGUUCUACCGCCAAAGAGCUCAUGCGAAUCCCUUCUCCGACCACCAGCUAGUCUACCCAACGACUCCCGCCGAUAUGGACUGGUCGACUUUUUUCCCAGCCUACGUAGCCGACUCCGAAGAGCUGCCCGACGCCGGACAAACGGCCGACGAAAACACACCCGCCCCAAAGAAGAUGAAGCAAGAGGUUGAGAUCGUCGACAUCGGCUGCGGCUUUGGCGGCCUUCUCGUCGCCAUGGCGCCCGUCGUGCCAAACACUCUGAUGCUAGGCCUGGAGAUCCGCACCCAGGUGACCGAGUUUGUGCAAGAGCGGAUACGAUCUCUACGAGUCCAGGAGGCUGCGUCCGGCAAGUACCAGAACAUAGGCUGCUUGCGGGCGAAUACCAUGAAGUUCUUGCCCAACUUCUUCAGGAAAGCACAGCUCUCCAAGAUCUUCAUCUGUUUUCCAGACCCGCAUUUCAAGGCCAGGAAACACAAGGCCAGGAUCGUGUCGACCACACUAAACUCUGAGUACGCAUAUGCGUUGCGCCCGGGCGGUAUCAUCUACACAAUCACCGAUGUCGAGGAUUUGCACCACUGGAUGGUACACCACUUGGAGGCCCACCCGUCCUUCGAGAGGGUGUCCGAAGAGGAACAGCAAGCCGACGAGUGUGUCACGAUCAUGAGCAGCGAGACCGAGGAGGGGAAGAAGGUUUCAAGGAACAAUGGCCAGAAGCUGAUCGCCUUGUUCCGUCGUCUGCCAGACCCCGCGUGGUGA